UUGAAAGUUCAAAUAGAAAAAGCGAAUGAGCAGCUACAAAAUGCGCGUGCCGAAAAAGAAGCGCUUCUUACCAGUAAUUUUAAAGAGGCAACACAGAUGCGCGAACGCUAUCAGCAACUGAUCAGGAUACUUGAAGAUUUAGCUGGUCCGGACGAUUCUUUUAUUGCGAUCCUCAAGCAGCAUUCACCAAAUGAACCGGGUUUUUUGGAGUUUGCCGUUGAGAUUGAGGACAAGGUGAAAGAACUUUCGAAUGCUGUAAAUGAUAAUAUAAUAAAUAAGGAAAACGAGUUGGCGUCUGUAAAUCACAACACAACUGAAUUGAAGGGAGAGAAGGCUGGUUUGCUUGCAGAACUCAAUAAGCUUCAACGACAGAUCUCAAAAUUGGCUCAUAGCAUAUCAAUCAAACGAGAAGACUGGGAUGAUGAGCGGCGAAAAGUGAACUUGGAAGUUGAUGUAGCGCAGAAUGAACUGGACAGCCUCAAUGCGGUUCGUAAUGGCAAACUUUCGGCCUACGAGCAACUUGCCGAAGCCAAAAAAGAACAGCAGUCGCGGCAGAUUGAGAUAGAAAACACAAAAAAGAAGAUUGUUAACGAAGUGGCCAUCAAAUUCUCUGAAACUGUUAAACGAUGGGAGCACUUGAAGCUUUUGGGUAAUUUGAUUGCAACAGAACUGUACCAAAACAUGCCGGUUUCCCGGCGAUUGUGCUUCGGCAGGGUGCUCUGCGGUGAAUCACGAACUGAAGGAGCACAACAUCAAGUUCAGAACCACUAA